AGAUGCUCACAUACAAGUGCUGUUUAAUCUUGCUCUUCAUUUGUGUGGAAGGUGUGUUUGGUGAUACAGAUGUAAUGAAGUCAGUAUCAGUGACUGAGGGAGAUUCUGUCACUCUAAACACUGCUGUGACUGAAGUACAGAGAGAUGAUCAGAUACUGUGGAUGUUUGGACCUAAAGAGACUCGUAUAGCUGAAAUCUAUAAGCAUGUGACUGAUAUGUUUAGCAGUAAUGAGACAUUUGGAAACAGACUGCAGUUGAACUCCUCGACUGGAUCUCUGAUCAUCAGAAACCUCAGAAGCACAGACUCUGGACUUUAUAAACUACAGAUCCGCAGCAACAGAGGGAACUCAGACAAGACAUUCAAUGUUACUGUCUAUGCUCAUCUUCCUGUUCCUGUCAUCAGCAGUAACUCUUCACAGUGUUCUUCAUCAUCAUCAUCAUCACAGCAGAAUUGUUCAUUGGUGUGUUCAGUGUUGAAUGUGAGUCAUGUGACUCUCUCCUGGUACAAAGGAAACAGUUUAUUGUCCAGCAUCAGUGUGUCUGAUCUCAGCAUCAGUCUCUCUCUACCUCUGGAGGUGGAAUAUCAGGAUAAAAACACCUACAGCUGUGUGCUCAACAAUCCCAUCAGCAACCAGACUCAACAUCUGGACAUCAGAGAACUCUGUAUAUGUCCAGACUUGUCCAGCAGUUCUCGGAGUGUGACUCCAUCAGUGAUUUAUGCUGUGGUGGGCGUGGCCGCUGUUCUCGUUUGUUACGUCAGAUCUAGAACGGAUGUGAAAAGAAAAUAUCGCAGGCCUUUUUAGAUAUCUACAAUGUGAUUACGACUAGUCGUAAUCUCUCAUUGACUUCCAUUGAAAAAUAUUUUCAGAUAUCUUCAAGUUAGUUUUGCCUAGUCGUAAUUCAAAUUCAAGAUAUCUUUAAAUAUGAUUUGACUAGUCAAAACUCUAAUUAAAGAUAUCUCAAAAAACAAU